AACCCUCAAGGAAGUGCAACUAGUUUCGUCGGUUUCUCAGGUGAUGGAACUAUUUCAUUUGCUUUAGCUAAAUUGUAGUGUGAUAUUAACAAUGCAUACGAAUAAGAAUUACUUUUUAUUCAUGAUGCUAUGAGAUGGUGUCUUACUCGUAAUGUUUUGGUUGCUACCUUUUGCGAGGAUUCUCAACUAUGGUCAUCAAGGAUCCUACAUCGAGAAAGUCUUUCAUCUCAGAGUCAGAGCCACUCUUAGGGAAGUUCAUUCUUUCUUCUCGACUUUCGUGUCAGUUUCGUGUCUUUUCGCUCCUUGAAGCUUUCACAAAGUUGGCCACCUUGUGGCAUAACAGGCUCUUUUAUCGGAAGUCCAGUUGCAUACGGAUUGUCGUUCUUGAUUAUUAUAUGUCUUGUAUGUUUGUUGUCUGACCAUGACCUGGGGGCUUAUCUUGGAAAAAAUAGCACUUUUAUGAACAGCUAAUAAAAGUACGAUUAGAAGUCGGUGUGGUUAUUGAUAACCACAUAACUUUUUGCAGUUAACUACUGAUAGAAACCCGGAAUUCGGGUACUACCUAUUUCAAGAGAUUCGAGGAAAAAGAGCAAGCACCGGGGUGGUGAUCUUCUCUUGUGGCUCGUGGAAGGGAGAUAGAGGAAGGAAAAUGAGGAUUGAGAGGUAGAGAAGAGGGAAAGGAAGCUACGAAAACAGCAGUAUGGAGAGGGGAGAAGUCGCCAAGAGGAAGGAAGAGAGGAAGAGAGAUUAGGAUCUUCAUGAUCACAUCCCGCUCACGUCUGGCCCCUUCAACCUCCGCCCCCAGCUCUUCCAUGUCGGAGUUGGUUCUCAGUUGCAUCGCCAUGAUGGUACGCAUCGAGGCCUUGAGAUCUUCGUUUUCGGUCUCAUCCACCAUGACGCUUUCGCGCAUGUGCUCGUCUUGCGACGAGAAACCUCACGCCAGUGUCAUCAUCGUCUUUGUCUCGGCGUCAGUCUUGGUUGAUCCUGUCUCCGCCUGUCUCUUCUCGCCAGCCUUAUCCUCUACGGUUUGCGGUUGGUGAUGGCCAUUGUUCAUCGAUAUCCGCCCCCAGUUUAUAGUUGUGAAAAACUCAAUUAUCGGACCGGGGCUCUGAUACCAGAUGACAGAAACUCGGAAUUCGGGUACUACCUAUUUCAAGAGAUUCAAGGGAGAAGAGCAAGCAUCGGAGUGGCGAUCUUCUCUCGUGGCUCAUGGAAGGGAGAUAGAGGAAGGACAAAUGAAAAUUUAGAGGUAGAGAAGAGGGAAAGGAAGUUGCGGUAGCAGCAGUAGGGAGAGGAGAAAAGUCGGCAGAAGAGAGGAAGAGAGAUUAGGAAAUAUAAUUAUGGUUUACAUACCGUUUGGUAUAAAUGAAUUCUAUAAGUUUUGAGGAAUUCAUUUGAAAUUGAAAUCUUUUUGUGUUUGGUAUCUAAAAGAAUUCAUUCUGAAUUCUACGGAAUUGGAACUAGUUAUAGCAAUUUCGAGGAAUUGAGAUGAAAUUUCCAAAUAAAUUCCACAAGUAUUUACUAAUUAUAAUAGAAUAAUAUAAUUAUCCUCAUUUAUUAACUAAAUUAUAUAUAUAUAUAUAUAUAUAUAUAUAUUAUGUGGCACCAAUUCAUAAUAUAUGGCACCAAUUCAUACCGUUUGAGGAACGUAAACUAGAAUUUAUUACAACGCUAGUUGCACAUGCUAGUUAUUUGAUAUUUAUGCUUCGAUUGUAUCAAUAUGUUGAGAAGCCACAACUAGAGUGUAGGGUUUAUCGAUGAAAUAUUAGGAAAGUACUAAUGAAUAGAAUAGAAAAAUUAAAUAACACUUUCAAUAUUCAAAGUAUAGGACCAAAAACUUUUUUUGGAAGAUAGAUUUUCAAUGAAUAAUGUUUCUGCCGAAAAUUAAUAAGGGUGUAGUCGGAAACUUUUAAUUUAAUUCAAUUCUAAACGUAUGCCAACAUGGUUUGAGAAUUCAAUUCUUUUAUUUCUAAAGAUUUGAAUAUGAAAUACCAAGCAUAGGAAUUCAUUUGACAAUGAAUUCUAUGAGGUAAUUCAUUUUAAAAUGAAAUGAAUUGUAGAUUCAUUUGGUACCAAUGGUCUGUUAAUCUUUGCUUAAUUCUCAUUCCCACGUAUCAAACAAUUUAUAUAGUAACCCACAAUUUCCUAUAGCUACCCCAACUUAUUAAUCCCUCAAUUUAUCACCCAAAUGCCUAAUUAAAUCCCAAACAGUAAUAAACUAACAAAAAAGUCCAAAUGCAAAAAAGAACAUAAAUGCAGGUUUCUGUCAACUACAACCGUAAAUCAAUAAAUAUGCUAACCACAAAACACAACGCAAUGAUUAGUGGUUAAUCAUUAAUCACUGCAAUUUUAUGCAAUUUUUUGUGUUUAACCACAAAGAUUAACUUAUUCAACUCAUCAAAUUACCUUUUUUUUAUAAAUAUGUUAAAAAAUUGAUAAGUAAAAAAUAUGUAAAUUUUACUAAUAGACGAAAGAAAGGUAGAGAAAUAAAUGUGUGACCCACGUGUGACGUAUGGAGGAAAAUAUCAAAUAUAACAUAUACACAAGAAGAAAUUAUAGUAGCUAAAAGGAAGAUGUAAGACAAAAUAUUACAAACAAAUGUCAUCGAAAAAAUCAAGGCAAGGGGAGGCAGAGGAAGUGUACUGGCAACAGAAAUCUCAGGUCACGUGGCUGAAGAAGGGGGAUAAGAAUACUUCGUAUUUUCAUACGGUGACCCGGGCCCCGCGAAAGAGAAAUUUUGUGGCCGGUCUUCGGAAUGAUAAUGGGGAAUGGAUUACUGAGGAAAGAGGGAAGGCAAGAUAGCCUCAUCUUUCUACCAGACUCUGCUUACCUAUGAAAUCCUUACUAUCAAAAUGAAUGAUGCUCUUACAGCUGAGGUUUUCCCAAUUGAAGUGCGUCGAACGGUUUUCUCCAUGAGAUCAAAACACACCCCUGGGUCUGACGGUUUCACGGGAAGUUCUUCAAAGCCUUCUGGGCCAUUUUUGGGGAGUCGGUAAUAAAAGCGGUAUGCUCUU